UAGUUCACUUUUUUUGCUCCGUGGGUGUCCGUGUUUUGUAGGAAGCUCUACCAUGGCUCUACACUGACAUUAGCUUUGUUGUUCCAAGUUGUGCCGAGCCGCUCCGUUUGCGUGCCGUGUGACAAGAAAAGGGCUCAAGCUCGUGCGGCUCGUGCGUGCGCGCAUCAGCAGUGGUGAUCGCCAAGUGAUCGCGUCUGUCGCGCGCUCUAAAGUGGGCACCUUCGGCGGAUGCCUCUUUUUCUGUCAGCUGUGCUGCACCGGAACACUGUGACCUUGCACAGCGCUCAACGAUCAGAAAGCUCCCGUUAUGCUGUUUUUCGGCGAUUGUGAUUCCCACUGAUUUGCACUGCAAGUGCUGAAAGCUGCUCAACGCCACAGCAGGGCGUCCCAAUAUGGGUCGUUGUCAUCUGGUGUGGCAGUCUUUUGAUGGGGGAAGUGAACAAGGAGCUGCGUGGCCUCGGUUGGAGCAACCAUGCGGCUACUGCCGAUCUGAGCCGGGCGCAGCCGUCUGGUGGCCAAAAUGAGCUAGACCAUGGCCAUCUGGCUGCUGCUGCCCAGCGGGGCCGGGUCACUGCUGGUGCCACUGCUGCUGGUAUGUUGCUUGCCGGGCCCAGUGGUCGCCAAGCCAUCGGACACCUGCAACCGCCAUCGCAAGAUCCUCACUGCUCCCUGGGGAAUCAUCACUGAUGGCAAUGACAGCUACCGUAAUGACUCGCACUGCGAGUGGCUCAUUAGAGCUAACUCCAGCAAGCUCUACAUCACAUUGCGUUUUCACGAAAUGGCUACGGAAUGUGCCUAUGAUCACGUGUUUGUCUAUGAUGGUGGCUCGUAUACCAGCCCACUGUUGGGAACCUUCAGUGGCGAGUCCAUUCCACCACCUGUGACAGCAACAUCCGGCUCGAUGCUGAUUCUUCUCUACAGUGACACAAACUAUGUCCUCAAGGGUUUUGUGGCUGAGUACUCCAUCACGCAGUGUCCAUCCAACUGCAGUGGCCAUGGCAGUUGUGGUCGUGACUCAUGUGUAUGUGACCUUGCAUGGGCAGGCCCUGACUGUGGUACACCUGUCUGCCCUAGCUCCUGCCACGCUGAACAAGGCCAGGGCAACUGCAGCUUUCCUUGUGCCACAACAAGCUCGCCAGGAUUAGCCGAGACUCCACACUGCUGCCGCUGCUCCCAUGGUUUUGCUGGGAUCUCUUGCAGCUUGCCUGAAAACCCAAAUGACUCUGCUGCUGGUUGGCACCUUCUCUCGAGGGGCAGUGUCCCAUUUGUUGCCCGUGCAGGACACGCGGGUGUCUAUUUGCCUUUCACGGAUCAGCUCUUUGUAUUUGGGGGCCGGGCGUUUGGGCAUGUGCUGGGGGACUUUCUCGUGUACAACUUCAACGAAAGCACGUGGCAUGAUCUGACUGUUGUGAAGCCGCGACCUGCAGCCCGCUGGGGCCACGCCAUGGCUCCUUAUGCCCACACCAUUGCUCUUCAUGGUGGUGAGCUUGCAAAUGGGAGCCUUUCAUCUGAGUUGUGGCUCUAUAAUGUUGCCAAAAGGGAGUGGACACUUGAGUUGCCUUCGCCUGCUGGUCACUACCCACCUGCUGUUGCACUGCACACGUUGACUCCUGGUGAUGGCAAUCACCUGUAUGUCUUUGGUGGCAGGACAUCUGGGGGUGUGUUCUCUGAUGCACUUUAUCGAGUGAAUCCACGAAAUGGUACCCAGUGGGAGCGGGUGAGUUAUGUAGGUUCUGUGCCUCCUUCAGUUGGCCAUGCUGCAGUGUUUCAUACGGAGUCACGAUCUCUGCUCGUGCACGGUGGUGUGGUGGUGGACUAUGCACGCUUCAGCAAGCUGAGCUCGGCAUUGUGGGCAUUUCAUGUGGAUGCCAACCGAUGGACACGCCUUGAACGAACCCCUCUUGGUGGUGAGGCACCUACAGAGCGGGCAUUCCAUGCAGCAGCCCUUGUAGGUGGCUACAUGGUCCUCUUUGGGGGUUAUAUGCACAAGCAUUCGUUUGUGGAAAAAUGCUUCGACGAUGGCAUCUACUUGUACCACUUACGCUGCCACAAGUGGGUCUCAUUCAAGCUCGUUGCAGGGGACCUGCUGGGUCAUGGCCACAGUGAUCGGUGUCCUGGUGUGUACUCUCAUGUGAUGGCUCUUCGUCGUGGUCACACUCUCCUGGUAUUGGGAGGCUACAGAGGUGUCAUGUCCUCUGACCUCUGGGCUUUUCUGCUGCCAACAACCAUCACACAUGCUUACUCAGAUUCAGCCUCCGGAGCCUGCAUUCGCCAUAGAUUUGAGACGGCCUGCCAGGCCAACCCUGCUUGUGCUUGGUGUGGCGGCUCUGGUGUCUGUCUGGACCGAAGAAAAGUCAAGGAUUGUCGAUCUGGUAACUUUCGGCCGGGUAGCUGCCCUGGCUUAUGUGCUGCCCUGGGUGAUUGUCAGAGCUGUAUGAUCUGGGGUGGUCAUACCAGUAUGCCUGUGGGAAGCAAUGAUCUCCGGGGUUUCUCUGCCAAGGCUUCUUUCCCACAAGCCUGUGGGUGGUGUGUUCAAGCAUCAGCCUGCCAUCCUCUUCAUGAGCCUCCUGGGGUAUGCCGCCCUCCCCUUGAUGGUCACCUCUCAGCAGAGCAAGCGGGCUUUUGGGGUCCACAUGGCCGAAUCCUGGCCUCUUUACAUGAAUGCCGUACACUUGACUUUCGACCAGGUCUCUUUCUCCUUCUGUAUAGGAAUCCAGUUAACCUUUCCCAGCCAGAUCAGGUGUCAUAUGUGAGCAACAGUAGCCAGCACUUGAUAUUCACCUCCGAGUACCAAGAUGAACAGGAAGGAGGAGGAGAGCAUGUGGCACGCCUACUGGGCUUCCUACACCCUCGGGGAGCCCAGCCCUCGUCAGGGGAACCACUGCGCCUUUUCCUCGACAUCAGUGGAGGACGCGCUGCUCUACGCUUAGGCCAAGCUGGAAGCACCCGCCUCGAAGACACCGAACUGGUGGCGCAGCUGAGUGCACACAGCUACAAUCGAACAGAGGCAAAACGCCCAAGUGGUCAGCCGCUCCUGCCAUCAUCAACAGCAGCACAGGAGCUGCGUUAUCUUCUUGACCUUUCUCUGCACGCACCAGCCAAGUACUGCACCAAACAAUGUGAGCGCACUUUAGAUCUGCGAUGGAAUGCUCUCGCCUCUCAUCAGGUCAUCUCAAGCAAGCAUCUGGAACCAUAUCAUAAUGGAACCCAGUGCCCUUCACGUGGCACCUGCCUGGCAUGCCUGAGUGAUGCAGGCUGUGGCUGGUGCCCAUCAGCUUCGACUUGCAUUUCUCGACAGCCAGCCUUGCUCCCUACAACCAAAGGAGCAGCACCAUGUGCCCCGGGGAGCACACAGCUCUUGGUUUUGGAGCCACAGCACUGCCCCACCUGCUCAUUGUUCAUAUAUUGCCAUGACUGUGUCCAGGAACGAUUCUGCGAGUGGAUUGUUGAAGGAGCCUUUUGUGUACGUCGGGGCCGCCACAGUUCUGCUGUUAGGCAUCCAGAUCAGUGUCCAACUCCAUGUCACCUGCGAAGGGGGUGCACAUCAUGCCUGGGGGACCCUGGACGGUGUGCAUGGUGUCGAGAGACGCAGAGCUGCUUUCUCUUCUCUACGUACACUACUUCAUUCAUGUAUGGUGGCUGUCGUGAGUGGGUUGAUGAAGACCAUGGAAGCCCCAAAGGAGCAACUUUCCCAGGAGCACAGUGUCCAAAUUGCUCAGCAUUUAAAGAAUGUGCUAGCUGUCUACAGAAGCUGGGCUGCGGUUGGUGUGGCAAUGACUACAACCCAAACAACGGGGUUUGUGUGGAGGGAGAUUUCUCUGGACCUUACCUGGGCACCUGCUCAGAGCGUGUACGCAAGCAGUUCCCUUCACUGGGGGGUCCCCGAGAAGCGUCGUGGUCUUACGCCCAGUGCCCCAACGUGAACGAGUGCAAGCUCAAGCUGGCACGCUGCCAUCCAGAUGCAACAUGUUAUGACACUGCCCACAGCUAUCGAUGUCAGUGUAACAGAGGCUUCAAAGGCGAUGGCACCAUAGCAUGUGUUAAAACGUGUGCUGAGCAUUGUGCUCAUGGUCACUGUUCGGAGGCCCCUGAUUUCCAGUGCAUCUGCCAUUUGGGCUGGACAGGGCCACGUUGUGAUGUUGACUGUGGCUGCCACAACCACAGCAGCUGUGAGCGGGGAGUGGGGCUUUGUGAUCAGUGCCACAACCUCACUGAGGGAGACCACUGCCACCUGUGCAGGAAAGGGAGCUUUGGGAAUGCUACCAGUCCUUUUGGUUGCCGAAAGUGUGCCUGCAAUGAACACGGUGAUUCCACGCGAGGCAUGUGCGACUCAAGCACAGGGAACUGCUACUGCCUACACAACACCCAUGGGAAACAUUGCGAGUCUUGCCAGCCAGGAUACUUUGGUGAUCCUAGGAAUGGAGGCCGCUGCUUCAUAGACUGCAGUCCCAAGCGUGUUGUGUACGUGGAGCCAGAUGGAGGUGGACUGGGUGUGCCAGAAAUGGAAGGUCCAGUGGAGGCCCAUCACUGUCUCUGGAUACUCACCAGCACUCUAGUCAACAGGAGCAACACUCUCUCCAUGCAACCAGGAGCUACCUUGGAGUUAACACUGCUUCCAAGCCUGAGGGUUCCAUGCCCUGAAAAUCAUAUCUAUGUGUACUCGGGGGUUCCGCCUUUUGUGCUUUCUGCUGUGCGCGGCAGUGACGAAAGUGUGCUGCUAGGAGCAUUUUGUGGUACCAACCUGACAGCUCCCAUCACACUGGUGUCACCAACGGGAUGGCUUUCUGUGUACUUUCGGCGUGGACGACUGCCACAAGGGUUCAGUGCUAGUUUCCGUCGCCUGGACUGCCCCAAUGCAUGCAUGUUUAAGCCACAGCGCCACUGCAGCCGCAAUGGAGAAUGCGUGUGUGGCCGCGGCUAUGUCGGCAGUCACUGCCAGGUUGCCAGCUGCCCCAACGAGUGCUCAGCAAGCCAGCACCAUGGAAUCUGCGAAAAGGGAUACCAGCUUUGCAGCUGUGGAGACAAGUAUGGGGGCGCUGACUGCGGCCAUACUCUGGUGCCAGGGCAAGUGUCAUGGAGCCUCCUUUUCGAACUGGAACGACUCACUGGGCAGGUUCAAGGAGGCAGUGGAGGAGGCACCACCGAGCUGCCCCAUUCUCGCCUGGGCCACUCACUCCUCUCUCUUGAGCCCAACCAACUGUGGCUCUUUGGUGGCAUGGACCCUGCGCGGGGUGACAGUGAUGAGCUGUACGUUUACGACCUCGAUUUUGAUCGUUGGAAAAAGCUUAAUGUGUCACGUGACUUGGGCCAAGCUCCGACAGCUCGUCGUUUCCAUGGAGCUGCCAUGGUGGCUGGCAGCAUGUACAUAUUCGGUGGGCUGAAUGCCACUGGUGUACUGGGUGACUUCUGGAAAUUUGCAACAGACUUCUACACAUGGACUCGUGUUCCUACAACUCCAGAUGUGCCAGCCUUAGCUGGCCUGACACUGACCAAUGUGGACAACCAGCAGCUGGUGCUCAUUGGAGGGUUUUCUCCUGAGUAUGGGUUUCAGGACAAGACACUUGCCUACAGCAUUGAUGCCAUGGACUGGCGAGUCCUCAAUACUACAGGCACUGUCCCCAUUGGUGUGUAUGGACAUACCAGCAACUACCAUCGACCAACGCAGAGCAUCUAUGUGUUUGGAGGCAUUGUGUACUCAGUAGAUCGGCCGCUGGUGUCAGACCACCUGUACGUGCUGCACAUGCCAAGCCGCCGCUGGUCUCGCCUGCCACCUGAUGACCGUGCUAACCCAGCAUACUCUAGGGUAUCCCCUCGCUACUUCCAUGCUUCAGCCUCAACCGAAAACUCUUUGCUUAUCCUGGGUGGCCGCAAUGGUUCUGGAGAGGCAAUCUUGGAGCCAUUUGCCUAUGACUUCAGUUGCAACCACUGGAUUCCACUUGAUGGGGCAUAUGUGCAGUUAGUUGGUGAGCAGCCAGCAGCUCUAGUAGGUGCCUCAGCAACCCUUCUCCAAGGCAAACUGUAUAUACUGGGCGGGACAUCAGUACGGCUGCAGCGCGUGACCCUUCCCCGGGAUUUGUGUGCCCUCUUCUCGCAUAGCAGACUUGGAUGUCUGCGCUCUGUUGGCUGUUCAUACUGUGCUGUUCAAGAUGCCCAUGGGGUCAUCACACACUGCUACUCUAGCGCCAGGGCAGUUCCACCAAGCUGUAUCCAUCAUCGAGGAGGAACGCUGGAGGUGGCUCAAGGCAAAGUCUGUGAUGCAGAUUGGCUUGGGAACCGCACCUGUUACCAGUACAACAAUUGUGAGGAUUGUUUGGCCUCAUGGCCAGCACAUCCCAGCGUACAACAUACAUGCAACUGGUGCUUAGGUUGUCGUAAGGGACGCUGCUUCAGGGCAGAGGAGUCGUCAUGUGAGAAGCCCAUUGGCUGUGAUGGGAUCAGACACCCACUUGUUUCAGAACCUGCUCAGUGUCCACUUCGUUCUUGCCUUGCCUCAGAGUGUGAGAAAUGCCGAGACCUUGGGUCUUGCAUGUGGACUCGACAAGUGGUUCGUUCAAGUGAACUUGGCCACACUGUAAACGUUCGUCCAAUCUUUGACUGGACCUGUGUGGGGAAAACUCUGAAAGAUGCAUCGAGUUUCCCCGUGGAGUCAAACCCUCCGCGGCCCUGCCCCAAGCGCUGCAGCCAGCACACGUCUUGUGCCGAUUGCCUUGCCAGUGCAGGAGGUGAAGGUGGCUGGCACGAGUGCCGCUGGAGCUCUGCCUUGUCUGAAUGUAUGACCCCCAGCUACGUGGGCCUGCGAUGUGAAGGAGGGCCUUGUGGACAGGUUCUCAGUGGAUCUGUCGAAGCAUGUGGAGUGCCCUGCCAUGUUCAUGGCCAAGCAGCCCAUUGCCUGCGUGACCCACGGUGUGGCUGGUGUGGUCUGCGUGCCCCAGGUGCCAAUGGAAGGGGCCUCUGCAUGCGUGGAGGACACAGGGGGCCCACAGGUGGUUCUUGUGGGCCAGCCUCUGUCUUCUUGCAUGGUCAUCCUUUGCCUGCCAAUGUGUCCCACUGGCUUCAAACACUCGGGAGUGAAGUGAACUGGUACUACUUCGUGCGGCCUCCUGAGAAUGAGUGCACCAAUGGACACCACACCUGUGAUGCUGAGAGGGAGGGAUGUGUCGACACGCCCGAUGGCUUUGAGUGCAUCUGCAAGCAAGGUUAUGCCAUCAGCAGCAGCAGCAACAGCAGCAGCGCCGGGACUGGUGGUACUAGUGCUGGAAGCCCGAUGUGUGAACCUGUCUGUCCUGAAGGAUGUGAUCAGGGCCAGUGUGUGCGACCAAAUGAGUGCAAGUGCAACUUUGGUUACGUUGGCCGCAACUGCUCCAUACUCUGCCACUGCAAUGGUCACAGCGACUGUGCCGGCCCUGACCACCUGGAUGUUUGCACAAAGUGCCACAACCACACUAAGGGCCCCCAGUGUAGCCACUGUGAGCCUUUCUACGUGGGUAACCCCGCCAAGGGAGGCCGCUGUGUACCAUGCCUUGAGUACUGCAACCAGCAUACAAAUAUCUGUGUCGAGGCAGGACAGUUGGAUUUCAAUGAAUCUGCUGGCAGCCUUUCACCCGCUGAAUUUCUGGAGUCUUUCAAGCAGAUUGAGCAUGGUCCACUGGAGUUAGCCGUAUGUCGUUUCUGCCAGAACAACACGAUGGGUACUCAGUGCGAGGAAUGUGUUGAAGGCUACUUUGUUGUUGGCAAGGACAUUGCUCGUGGCUGUCGACCGUGCGAGUGCCAUGGCCAUGGUGACGUCUGUGACCGGCGUACAGGUGAAAACUGCAACUGCAAGAACAACACAGAAAACGACCGCCAGUGUAGCCAGAAGAGUGGCAAGAACAGUGCUGGAACACCUUGCUGGAACCUCCAGUGCUCCAAGUGCAAGGAGAAUUUUCAGGGUGUUCCUACCAAUGGGCACCAAUGCUAUCGUCACAUGCGUCUCGAGCAGGACUACUGUUUGGACCCAGAGACACAGGAGUGCAGUCCUGAUCCAAACCUGCUUCCUCAGGGCCGCACCAUGUUCUUCGUUGUUCAGCCUCGCUACAUGAAUGUGGACAUUCGCGUCAUCAUGGACAUCACCUCAGGUGCAGCUGAUUUGUAUCUAUCAGCUAAAGAAGACACUUUUGUCGUUGAAGUCAACCGCACAACUGGUACACAUGUAGUAUCAGUUGAUCGGAAGUACGGUGUGGGCUUAACUGGAGACUUGACUGCAAACACAGCAUUUCCAGCUGCAGCUUCACUUCGUAAUGCUACCGACACUCCUUGGCUUCUGCGACCUCGCCAUGCCACACCUGCAGGACUAGCCACCUACGUCACUGUGAGGGACCCGCGUGAAUUCCUGUUGGUUCGCAAUCUUCGACAUCGUCUUGUUGUAACUGUGCCUCAGAAUGUGUAUGACCUACGAACCACGCGGUUCUACCUCGUUAUCUCAGGCGCCAGUGAAGUGCCCACACGUGGAAGCCUUUUCUUCCGUCAGGACCAGACACGCAUCGAUCUCUUUGUCUUCUUUUCUGUCUUCUUUUCCUGCUUCUUUCUGUUCCUGGCAGCCUGUGUUGUGGUGUGGAAGGUGAAGCGUGCUUUUGACAUCCGCCAAGCUCGCCGUUUGCAUGCUGCACAAAUGGAGCACAUGGCACGGCGGCCAUUUGCGAAGGUGUGCCUGUCCAUUUUGGAUGAAGAGGAGAGUGGUGAAAGCAUUCGGUCACCAUUACGUAAGAAACCUCAACGUCGCGCCCUCAGGGAUUCACCUAAGGGUGUACCAGCACCUUGUGGAUCAGUGCGGCCAGUUGCUGUGGAACCCACAGGUGAUGGUGCAGCUGCAGUGACUACAUUAUUGGUGCAACUUCCCGGAGGGCUGAGUGCUCCAGUGCGGCUUGCGCUUGCCUCAGCAUUAGUGGCUGUGCGUUCUGGUGGCGGGGGUGCAGCAGGUGGCAUCCGAGCUGCCAUGAGACGAAGAACAAGCCACAUAAACUUGUGAUAUUGGACAUACUGUAAUGUUCUUUAUUAUUGAAAUCUUAUGCACUGAACUCAUCUGGCUGGAUAGUAGUGGUGCAGUGAGUGCAGGCCAUGUUGCAGCCAGAACUUUGAAUCCAGCCCGAGUGCAUGCCAUGGCCCUUUCUUAUACCUGCUUUGUCUUUGAGAAGACUGUUAAGAGAAUUUUUGUAGAGAAUGGUGUUUAAAAAGAUGACCUUAGAUUUUUUGCAACACUUUUGGGCUUAGACUGCCCAAAAGUAAUUACCUGCAGUAGGUAAUUUCAGUGCUUUAUAUUCACCCCAACUGCAGGAUGGAGUCUUAGAAUAGCACUGCGCUACCAACUGCGCACUUACGAGGCAACCACUCAACAUUUGCAAUGUUUCUGUUCACCAAAUACAGAGGCAUAAUCUUUUAUUUGCCUCACUCUAUGAACCUGACUAGGCAUAGCCCCAAAUCUUAAAUUUUAGUCAGUUCACCAAUGACGCAAAAAGUCACAAUAGCAGUGCCUCAGCUGCAAUAUUGUGCUGUGACCUCGAGUAUGAGAAGUCAGGUGCUCAUCUUCUUCGCCAUAUCUUAGUUAAGUCUUACAGUUGUUUCAUGCACAUUCAGGCCACAAUACACUUUAUAUAUUUACUCAUGUUUUCAUUUUCUUUGAUAUUUCCUCCUUUUACAGACGUAGUCUAAAUCUAAUUACAACAUAUCUCUCACCUGACACUGAAUGUUCAGCAGCUCCUCACUUUAUAAUUCCAGACUUCGCAAUAACUGACCUUUAUUGGACGUAUGUACUCGAUCUUCUGUGUAGUAGUUGUGUCUGUCGAAGGUUGAGAAAGCAAGCUUUGAUCUACUAAAGGUCUUAAAGGCCUUGGACUAGCCAUCAUUUUUUUACGGAGUCCAUGCAUGAGUAUUGAACUUUGCUCUGGCGUACUUUGUUUGGUGACACUUUUUUGUCUAAUGGUUGUCAGUAACCAAAACAUGUCAUCUGUUCUGAUUAUUUCAGAGGGAGGUUAAGUAUGACUGACUAGUGUUGCUUCAGAACGUAUUUGAGCAUGUGUUGCACUCUGUGUUCGGUGUCAAAAUUUUUGUCUCUAAUGUAGUAGACUGUUGACUCUCCUGCAGCCUUAUUCCAUUUAUUCUCUUUUUCAUAAUGAGGUAUCGACAUAUGCUUGACUAGCACAUGGAAAGCAAAUGGAGCUGUCGCCAAGCAUAGUUUUUUACUACCAUUGCGGUGAAGCUUUCUUCUUAGGCUUUUUUAUUUUCACUUUGAAGAUAGGCUUCCUUUUCCCUUAGUUACUGUAGCUCAAUAUUUCUGUCUGGUGUAUGAAAGCUGCUUCAAGGUAAACACGAAAUAACUGGUAUUUUUUUUACUGAAUCAUGAGUAAUGGCAUGUAGCACUAUUGGCCUAUACGGAGUAGACCAAUCUGAUGUUCCCAGUUUCAAGAAUCUAUUAUGUAAAUCCAGUGCGUCUUAAACAUAAAUUGGCAAUGGAUACCAAGAAAUCUUUACAAAUACCAGUGUCCUCCAUCCCAUACAUGAAUAAUGUAGCAUACAUCAAGCUGGUUAUCAAGCUCCUGAUGAAUUGUUUUGAACACUCAUUGUCAGCAUCUGUGAUAACUGCUAUACUAAUAUACGCAUGCCUUGCAUGCUAGGUUAUUGCACACAAAGUUGUAAGGGGGAGGCACAAAAUUAGUGUGAAUGUGUGGCACUGCUUCUUUCAUUCUGUUGGGAAAUGAGCUUUCCUGAGAUUGUGCUUACCAUUUCCAUAUUUUUUUUUUAUCCCAUACACAUACUUAAAGAGCUGCCCUAAAGGGUUCUAACGUGCUUCCUGCCAACUUGCUUAUAUGACAAUCAAGGACAGAGAAUGCUGCCUGCUGUUUUUAUUCUUCCACAUCGCAGGGCCAGUUUUGGUGGAUGCUAGUACGGGCAGCUCAGAUAAAGCCAACAGCAUUGAAUGCAAAUAUGAUAGGUCUUCAACGUGUGCUUUCGCAACAUAGGAGCACUCAUUGUGAUUAGUAUAGUAGCAUGCCAUUUGAAAUCAGGAACAUCAUUUUGGCUUACCUUACUGAUGCAGCAAUGUGCCACCUUUCCUGCCAUCUUGGUAGUGUUACAUUUGUGAUUACGUUAUUUUAUUCUCUUAGACAGCUUUUCUGGAUUUCGUUUUUAUUUGAUUUGAAAAGAGGAAAAAUUUCAGUCUUUAAUUUUGUGUGUUGACUGUGCUGUUAAGGUUCACUAAUGGAAAUUCUCUUUCUCUCUGUCGCUCUCAUUCUUUUCCUGAAAGAAACAAUGCUGUUUUUGUAAUUACAUCAAGAGGAAAAUGUCUAUGGCGAGCCGUCAGUGUCUGGGAGAAGACGACGAAGUUGCGCCUCAGCUGCUCUGCACAUUCAAGCUGAGCGCAAGAGAAGAAGAUUCCAGCAAGAGUGCGCGGAGCAACUGAGGCACAACUUCGUAGUCUUCUCCCAGACGCUGGCAGCUCGCCAUAGGGCUGUUUGUGACGUUACUCGGUGUCGUCGGAAGAGUGGCUCGACGCUUAGAAACCAGUUCCGAUUCAGACUGCCAGAACUCCGGCAGCUUGAGAGUAGCAACGACAGGGUUGGGUACCAUGGGAUUCGGCAUCACGUCGCUGUUUGGUGUGGUGUCCUUGGUCAGCUGGAAUGAACGGGGCUGAAGGUCUUUGCCAUGGCCACCCAAGAAACGGGGGUGGCUGUGAACACUGUAGGGUGUUGCCGUUCGACGUCCGGGUAACCACUUGUGGGAAGACGUGAGGCGUUUGCUUUCCCACAUAUUUUAUUUAUCAUUGCUCGGUCAUGGACGACCACAGACGCUGUCAUUCUUGCCGGAAUCUUGUUCUCCCACGCUCUGCUCGAACGUGCGGAGCAGCUAAGGCGCAACUUCAUCGUCUUCUCCCAGAUGCUGACGGCUCACCAUAUGUCUUCUUCUAUCUAUACAAUGCUUCUCAAGUCUGUUGCAACCUCUUGAUGUCCUUGACGUGUGACAUCACCAGUUGUCUCUUGUAAAAAUCGUUUUUUACUUGCACCUUUCAAGGCCCCAACACCCACCUGUAAUAGUCAUGUGGAGAUGACAUUGUUUACAGUCCAUACUAGUAUGAAAUGUAUGCAGUGCAUUAUGGCCUGGUGCAUAGCCCUCAGCGCUGGCUUAGGCUUUAUGAGACUCUUUCCUAGUAAUUUCCUGUGCAACAUAAAUGCUUAAUAAGACCAGAGUAAAGCUGAGUUUUUACAUUUUUGCCUGCCUUCUUGUUGUAUAUUUUACCUCUGAUGAUCAAGGUCAUUUUGGCAUGACGUACAGCUAGAGCAUGAAUUAAAGUCAUUUUUCUUCCCGAUUGCAUUUACCCCCAAGCCAAUGGAAAUAUGACCCCAUAUGUGGUCUGCUCAUAAGACUCAUGUGGUCUCGCAUGAACGCAUCGCAUAUAUGUUCUUUCACUAAGUGAAUUGUAAAUGCAGUUCCACCAAAUCACUGUGCUGUUUAUUGUUUAUUUUAUUUUAUUGUUUUUUUGCGCUGCUUUCAGAUGACAGGAAUGCAAUCCCUUUUUUUAUAGUAUUACUAUUGUUUUGUCCAUUUCCAUUUCUGUGCAAUUAACAUGGAAGACAGUUAAACCUGUAUGUUAUCUCAUUUCAGCUGGGUCAGUGCAAAUACUUUAGCUGCAAUGUAGAUAUUGUUUUCAUUGUUUGCUUGUUAUUCCAUUCAUUUUGUUCUUCCUUGUAACAUGCUGUGUAUGUGUGGUUUUUUUCUUCCUUUUUUUUAAGCUUGUGUCAUGGCUCAAAACAGCUACAGUUCCUAGUGCGAUGCUUUUUCCAGCACAUUUACAAUGUCAGAAUAGUUCUGGCCUUUGUUGUGACAAGGUCUCAUAUUAUUUUCUGUGUGUGUUGCUAUUUACAUUGCAGUGCCAAAAAACUCUGUACUUCAUGUAUGCUGUGUAGUGUUUUAAUGUUUCCUUUUAAGACUGUUACCUUUUGAUUGCUAAACGCAAACUGGGCAGAAUAACAAUAAUUUUACAAGAGUAGGAAGACACUGCUGUGGCAGAGCUUGCCUUUGUAUUCACAUCUGCUUCAACGUAAGCGAACAAUCAUAUUAAUCUCACUGCUGAUUGCGUGACAUAGAGCUGCAGUAGAACACGUGACAGGCAUGUAUUUACAGUUUACUGUGUCAUGUUAAUGCGAUGGUAGCACCCUUCUCUUGGCUGUGAGAGGCACAUCAUCUGAUUCUGAUACCGCUGUAGAAACUUCAGGCCAUUAUAUAUUGUAUAAUAUUUGUGUCAGAUUAUUUACACAUUUGUUUAUAACUGUUAACCUAAACAUCACGAAUCUGCAAAAAGAUCUGUCCGCAAGGUGGGGAUUGUAUUCCCAUGACCUAUACUUUCUACUGUAUGAAAAUAUAUGUAGAAGAAAACAAAAACACACACAAGGCAUCAACAGGAGUAUUUGAAGAGACAUUGCAUAUGUUUCAUCAUAGCUGCUCACUGAAAGUGUGUGCUUUUGUAUUUAAAAUUUGUUACACUGUAAGAAGACUGGAAAUCAAUUUACAGUUCAGAUGUUCUAAAUCUACUUAAAUGAUCUCAGAGUAUGUGCAACCUCAUUUUAAUGUAUGCUUUCCUUGAAAUACAUUGCAACAUAAGCUCCUUACUCUAAUGAAAUAUGGGAAUCUGUAGGUGCGCUUAGGAAUCGGAAAUGCUGUUGUAGCUCUGCAAAGGAUGUAAAGGUUUUAGCGUAUUACUUGGUGGAACUUGUUUAAACCUGAUAGCGUUAUGGGAUGGCUGAUACUAUUCAGGGAUCGGUACAAAGCUGUGCCUGAAGGACAUAUCAUUACUAUUUUAAUUCUCCUUAACUCGGAGACAAAUGAAUCAUUACAGCCAACAUAUAACCUGUAUGAAAAUUUUCAUCAUCGUCACUCAAGCUCAGACCCUGAAACAUGCAGUGACUCAAUACAAAAUAACUGAACAUUAAUUAACAGCAUCUUGUAUGCAUACUUGGGCCAUGUUUUAUCUUGGAGAAUCUGAUAUAAGACUUUCUAAGAAGCCUAAUAUUGAUGAUGUUACAAGGUCUGGUAUGUAUAGCCCUCAAAAUUGCAGACAUCUGUAGAAUUAGUUUACAUAUGGCACAGACAAAUUUUCUUUUUUUGCAAUAUCACCUCAUUGUUAUACCCUCCAGAAAUUUGGUGCAUAAGUGGCAAUGUAAGGGAGAAGAAUGUGUCAUAAAUUGCAAAUGUUUUAUUGCUUUUUGUGACGUCAUAUUUAGGGUGAGUUUUGUUCAUGCAGCAUAACUGAUGACAAUAUUUGUUUUUCUAAUGGGCAGAGGACUUGUGCUUGUUGUAAGUGUUGUCAUUUCACCUAUGAAAUGAUACUACACAACAAUAGUAGCAGAGCACCGAAUGUGUUCAGGAUUGUCGGAAACAACAUUUCAAUACCACUCUGAAAUAUCUAGUAAGAAAGCAAACCAUGUUCACAUACUUCCUCAAAUAGUGUACAGAAUAAAAAUUUUAUGCCUAUUAUUCUUAAAACAUCCAAUAAGUUUAAUUUCAGCAUGCCCUUACAUGUAACUUCUGUUUUACAAAUUUUAAAGUGGCCUAAUUAGGAAAUGUCACAGAGUCAUGUAUCAUCGGUAAAGUGCAAUUCAAACUAGGCAAACACUUUGUUGUAUUCUGGAAUCAGUGCGACCCUAUACAACUUUUCCUUCUCACAGUGCAUAUUUGAGCAGCUGCUCUGCAGUUUUAUGUUCUUUUGCAUUAUUUAAUUAUUGGCUCGCUGAGCAUUGGAAUAGAUUUUUCACGGAGUUCAACUGGGCAAUCUGCAUUCACACUGUAAGUGAUCGCAGUGCGCCAGCUUCAUUGUAAAAUAUGUGCCACUUGUACAUAUUACCUCUACCGUUUGCGCAUUUUGCUACACAAUACUCUCCGUCCUCGAAAUGACCCAUUACGAGGUAACGCUGAUAGGAAAUCAGCAGAUGAAAGAAACUGAAAUUUUUAGGACCAUUUAUGGCCAAAACGUAUGCAGCGUGCAGUGGUAGAUGAUCAAUUAUUUUCACAGCUUUUGUAUAAAUGUCACUUCUUGUUAGGUUGAUAAGGAAAAAUGUGGGUAAGCAUAAGGAAAAUAUAUUUUUUCCAGUUGCAUGAAUGCUGUUAGUGUGGCAGCAUCGUAGCAGCAGAAUGCAAUACGCAAGAAUCUCACAGUGAACAUUUGAAAGUAGAAGCAAUAAAGGAAGUUAAUAAACCU